CUCUUUCGCCGGCUUCGUUGCCUAGUGCGAGGUCAGCAGCAUCAUGCCGACCGAUCACAACCAGAACUUCAGGAUACGAGGACUACCCCGUGGAUAUGAGACCAGGGCUAGUGUCCGUGAUUUGGUCAAGGAAGUUCUUUCUCUCGAACCCAACGCAAGCGUCAUUGUUCAUUCGCUUGCGACUUGUCCUGUCAAACGAGACAAUCGAGUCGCUACUCUCCGGUUCAAUCCCCUCCCAGAUUGCUUCUCGGAUCGCUCUAGAAAUGAAUGGGUGAUUAGCCUAACGAAUGAGGAUGACUCCGACUUUAGGGCACCGCUCAUAUUCGAUACUCACUUCUCAGGCUUCACACCUCUUCAACGUGACGUCGAAACGAGUUGUAAUGUAGAUGUGAUUGCUAUGUCUGGCCUCGGAGGGCACGCCUUUGGUUCGUUCAAGGAAAGAGGAGGGCCUUUCAUGUGGCUCCGAGAUGCGCUUCCAUUAGAUAUUCCAAAUGCAAGGAUAUUAAUAUAUGGAUACGACACUCAACUUGUACGGAGCAGCUCCUUCCAAAACUUGUCGGAUCUGGGCAGAGCUCUCCAGAUUGAUUUGAGAGGUAUUCAGGACUCAAAGCAUCCCCAUCCCAUAGUGUUUAUUGGGCACAGCCUGGGAGGUCUUGUCAUCAAAGAGACUAUAGUCAGGAUGAAAGAAGAGACACACGAAGCGCAUGCAUCGAUCCUAGACUCAAUAUCUGGAUUCAUAUUCUUUGGCGUUCCUCAUCAAGGCUUGGCCAUCGAGUCACUCGUUCCCCUGGUCAAAAACCAGCCUAACCGGAGUCUACUUGAGUCGCUCAACAGAAAUUCGGCACUCCUCCAACGCCUGGACAAAGAAUUUAACAAUGUGAUUAAUGCAAGAAGGCCGUCAAUUGUGUCCUUCUACGAAACGGAGAAGUCUCCCACGGCUGUGGAAGUAAAUGGCAAGUGGGAGUUGUCUGGGCCUAGCGAAGUCUUAGUUGAUGUCUCUUCAGCGACAUGCUACAGCAAUCAACGCCAUCCGAUUGACCGCAACCACUCUGAGAUGGUGAAAUACAGUCACGGACUCGACGUGUUCUACAGGCGUGUCAUCACUGUUACACGAGAAAUUCUGAGCACCAGUACGCAGAGCAGAACCGGUGCCAGAAGCCGCCAAGAAACUGCAGUUGAUGCAUCUAUAUUGCUUUCGGAUGACAAUAAGGACUGUCUCAGGUCACUUUCUUUCCGAGAACAGGAGUAUAGGUACAGCGAUGUUUAUUCCACAAAGGACACCUGUGGUUGGCUUCUCGAGGAUCCGGAAUACCAAGCUUGGAUGAAUAGUGCGCGGGGUCUUUUCUGGAUCAAAGGGAACCCUGGAACCGGCAAGUCAGUUCUCAUGAAAUUUGCAGUCACAACCAUGGAUCGCAGAGGGUCCGGAGAACUCGUUGUGUCCUUCUUCAUUCACGGCCGGGGAAACCCUUUGCAAAAGACUCCCUUGGGUGUGUUCCGGGCAUUGCUUAGCUCCAUGCUCAAGUCCUUCCCACAACACCUCUCUCAACUCACUGAACGCUUCAAAGACCGGCAGGCGCGAUUUGGGGCUUAUGAAGAGAACCGAUGGAAUUGGACCGAAAGGGAACUUCAAGAUUUCAUGUCCGAGACUUUGACCAAGGGAACCAAAAAGUUGCCUGUGGUAAUCUUUGUCGAUGCCCUUGAUGAGUCCGGGGAGGAUGAUGCGAAAAGCUUACUGACGUACUUCAAAACCCUCAUGGACGACAUAGAACGCGAACAGGCACAGGUUAAAAUAUGCUUUUCUUCGAGGCAUUAUCCUAUCCUUGGGUACGAAACGAUGUCAGCAAUCCAUGUGGAAGAGAAAAACGACCAAGACAUCAGGCUAGUCGUUCGAGAACGACUCAAAGAAAUUCAACCGGUCGCAAAGCGGCAACAGCUUGAGAAUGAAAUCUUGAUGAAGGCUCACGGAGGAUUUCAAUGGACAAUAUUAAUUGUUGCCUUGAUACUCCAUGGAAGCGCUAUUGGUAACAGGGUCGAGAGUCUGCACAAAAGACUCACAACUAUCCCAGAAGCCCUUGAUGGGUUGUACGCUGAUAUACUAAGCGACGUCGAUCCUGUCGAGCAACACCAAGUGACGAAAUUGUUUCAAUGGGUCUUAUUUGCCGCGCGACCAUUGUCUUCACACGAGCUUCGAGAAGCUCUUGCUAUCGAUUACAAGGACAAGAGUUGCAGAACUAUUUCGCAACUCAGACAACACGACAACUGGACAGAGACUACGACUCAGUUCGAGAGAAUCGUCACACAUAUCUCCAAAGGCCUUGUGGAAUUCCGAACUCGCGAGAUUUGGGAGCAAUACGAGCCUGAUGGAGAGGACUGGGACCGGGAAGCUCAGUUCGUCCACCAGUCAGUUGCGGAUUAUGUGCUCGAAAAAUUCAUCCGCCACGAUUCUACCGGUCGAUAUUCCAUUGGAGCUGGUCACUUUGAGAUAUCAAGGUCUUGUCUGAGCUACCUGACUUUGAGAGAAGUCUUAGAAGGCGCUCGGCUAUCUUCGAAUAGACUCUCAGCAAGGUUCCCGCUGAUACCAUAUACAGCACAGUUCUUGUUCCACCAUAUUCGGGAAGUUGAACGUGCAGGAAUCCCUCAGGAAGACCUUCUUGCGCGUAUUCACUGGGGUCGGCAAUCUGAAAUCUUGAAUAAUAUCGCGAGCCUAUGGAGAGUGAUGGAUCCUGACAAUAUUCACGCACCUAAAGGAUGGCCCUUUGUUGGGGCAACAUCGCUUCACGUUUUGGUGGGGUUCGGCUCAGAGAGCUGUUUGGACGCAUUUCUUGUCAAAGAUGAUGCAGAGCUAGAAGUUAGAGAUGCGGAUGGGAACACACCAUUACUACUGGCUCUCAGAGAGUGUCGCGAAGACAUGGCCUUACUACUGCUGGAUCGGUCCAUCGAAUGGCAGCUCCAAGAAGAGGCAUCCAACAUCGGGGUCGCUCAAGACAACAGCCGAGGGCAGCCAAGGAAUUAUCUUUCUCACCUAGAUUUGAAAAAUCAUGACGGGGAAACGCCCUUGACCGUUGCCGCAACGGUGAAGGCCGGGGAGGUAAUCUUCAAGUUAAUCGAAGCGGGCGCUGAUCUGGAGCUCUUCGGGCAUCCGUUCGAGCUCGUAUCAUACGCCAUCCGUGACGGGAACAAAAAGCUUUUUUCAAUACUAUUGGAAAAGGGGGUUAAGCACGACGGAGCUAUCUUUUCUGCGGUGAAAGGCCUGCCUGAGAACGUCGACCUCGAUGUUCUAGAAAUUUUGUCAGAACUCCUAAAGGCUGGCGGCAAUACACGCAAAUCUACGAACUUUGUUUGGACAUCUGAGGAUGAAGAUGAAUAUGCAUACGAGGAUGAAGCGAUGAUUGUGGCGUCGCGAAGAGGUCUGACGGCAAUCGUCAGCCUACUCCUGUUACAUGGCGCUUCCGCGGAGGUACUGGACGAUUCCGGGAAUUUUCCAUUGUUGGUCGCUGCACGUAAUGGCCAUGAGGAAACAGUGAAGGUUCUUCUUCACCACGCACCGCAAAUGGUUGAAAUCUCUGACUCUAACGAGCAGACAGCCUUUGACGCAGCCGUUGUAGAGGGCUAUUUUGAAUGGGCAUUGAUGCUUCUGCCUCAAGAGGACAAAGCUGUCGCAUCAGUCGAGGCAUUUGAGGUGGCUGUCAAGGCGGGCGAAGUAGGAUUAGUGAGAGCAAUUCUACGCGCGGAAGUGAAGCACGCAUACACAGACGAUCGAAUGCAUCGAACACCAUUCUUUUGGGCUGUCCUGAAGGGGGAUGAAACUGCAGUCGAACUACUUCUCCAGCAGGGUGAGGUCUACAUCGAUAGAAGAGACGGAUAUGGUCAAUCGCCAUUGUCAUGGGCUGCACGGGAGGGGCAUGAAGCCGUAGUCGCACUGCUUCUAGAUACGGGUCUAGUCGACGCCAAUGCAAGAGACUAUGACGGUCAAUCGCCAUUGUCAUGGGCUGCCCAGCAAGGACAUGAAGCGGUGGUCCGCCUACUUCUCCUUAGAGGUGAGGUCAAUGUCAAUGCGAGAGACCAUGAAGGUCAAUCGCCAUUGUCAUGGGCUGCUCAACAGGGGCAUGGAGGGGUAAUCGAAUUGCUUCUCGAUUUGUUAGAGGUUGACAUCGAUUCAAGAGACCAAUAUGGCUAUACACCACUCUGGCGGGCUAUUCAGCAUGGAUAUGAGGCGGCGAUUAACUUGCUUGUCGUUAAAGGUCAUGCCGACGUCAAUGUAGCAGAUAAACAUGGUCGAACGCCACUCUUAUGGGCUACUCAACAUGGACAACAGGAGGUAAUCAAGUUGCUUCUCGACACGGGAAAGGCCGAUAUCGAUAGAGAAGAUCGUUAUGGCCAAACGCCGCUCUUCUGGGCUGUUAAGCAUGGGCACGAGGCGGUGGUUAAGCUACUUGUGGAGACAGGCAAGGCUGCCGUCGAUGGGAAAGAUCAAUGUGGUCGGACACCACUCUUAGUGGCCGCUCAGCAUGGGCACGAGGCGGUGAUUAGGCUUCUUCUCGAUACAGGUAAGGUCGAUGUCGAUGGGAAAGAUCAACACAAUCGGACACCACUCUCAUGGGCUGCUGAGGAGGGGCCCAGCGGUAGCGUUCCCCACUACGAUCGUUCCAAAGUGGACCACGAUAGCUUCACAAAAAGAUCAAAAACAUACAACACCAGGUAUUCGCUGGUCGUCACCGACCCAACUACUAAUCCGGCCCUCAUUGGCUUGUCUAUGGGAGAGCGGACGGGAUCCCGAAUUUUCCAAUGGGUAUGGUCGUAUGUGAAGGUAUCGCGAGGUCUCAGAGACUGUGACGGCCACGCGCAUUACUGCGGGAUCCUAAGAUCAGCUCAUUAUGCACUUUUCUGCUGCAUUUCUGCUCAGUCGGAGAAGUUCUGUUUGGUAUCUGGUCUCUUCGCAACUAGCAGGCUAGGUAUCUGA